CCUCUCCCUCCAAAAUCCGUUCUCUCGCUCUCACCCUGUCCCUGUUUUCAAUUUCCAAGGGUUCCACUUUUGUCUUCUCCGUUGGGGAAUCGCUAAUCUUGGUAAACGGCAAGGAGGGGGAAGCAUGUCGGUGAAUCUAACGGCAAACGCGAUUCCGUCAAUAAUAGGCGGCGACGUGAACUCGAAACCGCUGGUUCAGGUUCUCGAUUUGUCGCUGAUCUCAAGCAGUAGCAACUCGCAGCAGCAGCGGUACCGCAUGUUGCUAUCCGACGCCGUUUCGUCUCACCAAGCCAUGCUCGCACUUCAGCUCCUCGAGUACAUUUGUAGCCCUCUCCAAAACCGCAAGAUUAUUGUAGUACUCAACAUGGAAACUAUAAUCCCAGAUUGCGAGAUCAUUGGGAAUCCAAAACCGUUUGGGGAAUCUAAUUUACCAACUCAGAAAACAUCACCUGAUAAAGUUGUGCAGACAUCAUCCAGGGGUCAUAAUAAUAAUCAACAACAGACUUCUCAAACAGGUCAUGCUGCACAGAGUUUCCGGCCAAUAGUUCAACCUGCAUAUCAGCCACCUCCAGUUUACAAAAACCGUGGUGCUAUUGUGAAAAAUGAGGCACCAGCACGCAUCAUUCCCAUAGCAGCUUUAAAUCCUUACCAAGGUCGUUGGGCAAUCAAGGCAAGGGUAACCGCAAAAGGGGAUCUGCGCCGCUACAAUAAUGCUCGUGGAGAUGGGAAAGUUUUCUCAUUUGAUCUCCUUGAUUCUGAUGGAGGUGAAAUACGAGUAACCUGCUUUAAUGCUGUUGUAGAUCGUUUCUACAAUGCAAUUCAAGUUGGUAAAGUUUACACAAUAUCCAAAGGUAGCUUGAAACCUGCGCAGAAAAAUUUUAACCAUUUGAAGAAUGAUUGGGAAAUUGUAUUGGAUUCAAAUUCAAAUGUUGAACUUUGUCCGGAUGAAGAUGAUUCUAUUCCUAAACAGCAAUUCUCCUUCAGGCCAAUAAUUGACCUUGAGAAUGUUGACAAUAAUGGCAUUCUUGAUGUUAUUGGGGUUGUGAUAUCUGUGAAUCCUUCGGUUCCCAUCUUGAGGAAGAAUGGGAUGGAAACUCAGAGAAGAAUUUUGAAUAUAAAGGACUCCUCAGGCAGGAGUGUCGAGUUAACCCUUUGGGGCGAAUUCUGCAACAGGGAAGGACAAAAGCUGCAAGAGAUGGCUGAUGCUGGGUCCUUCCCCAUUGUGGCAGUCAAGGCAGGGAAGGUUAACGACUUCAGUGGAAAAUCUAUUGGUACUAUUUCUACUACACAGCUUUCCAUAAACCCGGACUUGCCUGAGGCUCAUACCUUGAGAGAAUGGUUUGAUAGAGUGGGAAAGGAUUCAGUUUCUCGAUCCAUUUCUAAGGAUGUUUUGCCAGGAGGACCAAAGAAUGAGAUACGUAAAACUGUGUCUCAGAUCAAGGAUGAAGGCCUGGGGCGGUCUGAUAAGCCAGACUGGAUAACAGUGAGGGCAACCGUAUCAUUCAUCAAGACAGAUACGUUUUGUUACACAGCUUGCCCUCUGAUGGUUGGAGACCGACAGUGCAGUAAGAAAGUGACCAGGGUAGGAGACGCAAGAUGGCAGUGUGAUAGAUGCAACCAAGAGUUUGAGGAGUGUGAUUACCGGUACCUUCUUCAAGCUCAAAUUGUGGAUCAUACAGGAAUAACUUGGGUAACUGCUUUUCAGGAAGCAGGGGAAGAGAUUAUGGAGUACCCAGCGAAAGAGCUGUACUUGUUGAAGUAUGAAGAGCAGGAUGAUGACAAGUUCGGGAAAAUAAUCAAGAGUAGCCUCUUCAACCAUUUUGUGUUUAGGCUUAAAAUCAAAGAGGAAUUGUAUGGUGAUGAACAGAGGGUUAAGGUAACAGUAGUCAAGGCAGAUAAAGUUAAUUACUCUUCAGAGAGUAGAUACAUGCUUGAAUCGAUUUCCAAGUUUUGUAGGCAGUAAUUGUAGCUUUCUCAGCAUGCUUUCAUGAGAUGUGACUUGGUGGAUACCUGUUAGUAUUAGUGUACAAGCUUACAUAGAAUUGGUCAUUAAUGGUCGAGUUAUUGUUAUUGUGUCAUUUGAGCCCAAUGUAAAACAUAUUUAAAAUAACUUAUAAGUUGAGGAUUU